AUGCAUGGUAAACCAGUUGACACGAUUGUUAUUACUUCUGAUACAUUUGAUCGAGUACCUAAGGACAGAUGUUUUAUAGUAUACAUAUCAUUUAUUAUUCAUGGUCUUGGUUGUUUUCUACCAUGGAAUCUAUUAUUUCAUAGCUACGAAUAUUUUAUUUGUUGCAAAUUUCUUGGUGAUGAUUCGGAUAUCUAUCGUCAACACUUUUUAAGUUUUUGUGCAUUAGCUGCUAUACUUGCAGCUUUAGUUACUACUGGUAUCGGUUUAUUUAUUGGUUUUCAUGGCGAUACAAAACGACGUAUUGUACCAUCGAUUGUCGUACUUAUUAUUAUGUUCAUUUUACAGGUGCUAUUCGCUGUAUUUGAUGCUCGUGAUUCCUCAGGUGUCUUCCUUUGUGUGACAAUACUCAAUAUUGUAGUUAUUGGAGCUUUUAUUGGUCUUUACUUGUCAAGUAUUUCAGGCAUUGUAUCAUACUUUCCUGAUCGAUAUGUAAAUGCAGUUGUUAUAGGCACAUCAUUUGGAAUAUUGAUUGCUAUAUGUAGUCGAGUUGCAUUUAAAUAUUAUUCAAAUGAUGCAAGAGUUAUUGCAAUUUAUUUUCUUGUUUCUGCUAUAAUUACGUUACUCGUUUGUUUCGAUACCUAUUUUGCUUUUCCUUAUUCGCGUUUAUUUCGAUUUUAUCAUACAUCAAUAAAAAUCGAUUUAUUACAUACAACAAAAGGACGUCUAUUUCAAGUACCAUAUGGAAGUGUAUUAAAACAAAUUUGGAUUCAAUGUAUAUCUAUAUUUUUACAUUAUUUUUCGACAGUCACUCUUUUUCCGAGUAUUCUCAGUCAAGUACAAAGUGCAGCACCAACAUUUCUUCUUCCUAAUCUUCAAUUUAUUGAUGCAGUUGUUCUAAUUAAUUUUGGAAUAUUUAAUCUUCUCGGAAAUCUUUUUGCAGGUUGUGUAAAAAAACCAUAUUCUCGAUGGAUUUUAUUCUUCGUUUUUGUUCGUGCAAUAGCAGUAUUGUUUACAUUUCUUUUUAUUAAUUUUGAACCAUAUUCAAGAAAUAAUUUACCAGUAUUAAUUCAUGAUGAUCAUAUUUUUAUGGGACUUGUCAUGUUUUUUGCAUUUACACAUGGAUAUUUUAAUUCAAUGUUACAAAUGUUAACAACAAAAUCAGUAGAACCAUAUCUAUCGGCUACAUCAGCUGUUGUUUUACAAUUGUUUAUAUUUGCUGGCUGUUUUUGUGGUAUUAUAGGUUCAUUUGUAUAUCAAUUUUUAGCAACAUUGCUUUAA